CCCGCGUCCGCCCCGCGCCGCACCCGGGGCCAGGCGCAGCGCUGCGGAGGUGAGGGCCGCCGGGGUCGGGCCGGGCCGGGCCGGGCCGGGCUGGCGCGGCGAUGAUGAACAGGUUCCGAAAGUGGCUGUACAAACCCAAGCGGUCGGACCCGCAGCUGCUGGCACAGUUCUACCAUGCGGACGAGGAGCUAAGCCAGGUGGCCGCCGAGCUGGACAGCCUGGACGGGCGGAAGGACCCCCAGCGCUGCACGCUGCUUGUCAGCCAGUUCCGUUCCUGCCAGGACAACGUGCUAAACAUCAUUAACCAGAUCAUGGACGCAUGCAUCCCCCAGGACCGAGCCCCGCGGGACUUCUGUGUCAAGUUCCCUGAGGAGAUCCGCCACGACAACCUGGCCGGCCAGCUGUGGUUCGGCGCCGAGUGCCUGGCCGCCGGCUCCAUCAUCAUGAACCGCGAGCUGGAGAGCAUGGCCAUGCGGCCGCUGGCUAAGGAGCUGACCCGGAGCCUGGAGGACGUGCGCGGGGCCCUGCGCGACCAGGCGCUGCGGGACCUCAACACCUACACGGAGAAGAUGCGGGAGGCGCUCCGGCACUUCGACGUACUGUUCGCAGAGUUCGAGCUGAGCUACGUGUCGGCCAUGGUGCCCGUGAAGUCCCCCCGGGAGUACUACGUGCAGCAGGAGGUCAUCGUGCUGUUCUGCGAGACGGUGGAGAGGGCCCUGGACUUCGGGUACCUGACCCAGGACAUGAUUGACGACUACGAGCCGGCCCUCAUGUUCACCAUCCCCCGGCUGGCUAUCGUGUGCGGCCUCGUGGUCUACGCGGACGGACCCCUGAACCUGGACCGCAAGGUGGAGGACAUGUCCGAGCUGUUCCGGCCCUUCCACACGCUGCUGCGGAAAAUCAGGGAUUUGCUGCAGACCCUGACGGAGGAGGAGCUGCACACGCUGGAGCGGAACCUCUGCAUUUCCCAGGACGUGGAGUUGCCCGUCCGGGCUGAUGCCCCGGCGCCCCCGGCCCUGGCCCCUGCCGAGCCCAGGCGCGCGGACGCGGAGCUGGCCUGCUCGGUGCAGAACGACGACCAGGAGCUGGAGCAGCUCAGCCGGCUGGUGCACAGCGCAGGGGACGCCAUGGCCUCCCUGCUGUCCCCGCCCAGCGCCGGCCCGUCCCCCGCCCAUAGGCCGGGCGCGGCGGCCAGCCCCAGCGGGCGGGCGUCCCCGGGCCGCGCGCAGCUACCCCCCGCCGGCGACGAGGAGGAAGGGCGGGUGUUCUUCAUGGAGGACGUGGACGGGGCGGCCGAGGCCCCGGGCGGCGGCGUCGACCCCCAGGAGACGGCGGAGGGCCGAGAGGCGGGGGUCGGCUCGCCGGCUUCGGCCAAGCGGGAGGACUCGAGCAACAACAACAGCGUCGAGGGCGCCGCGCUGCGGGCGGCGGCCCCCACCUCCUGCAGCUGCCUGGACUCGCGGCCGCACCUGGACGGCUGGGAGGCGGGCGCGGAGCACGCCGAGACGGCCGAGCUGAUCGCCCACCGGACCGGGGGUAUGAAGCUGUCUGCUACAGUCAUCUUCAACCCCAAGUCGCCCGCCUCCCUGGACUCCGCCCUCGCCCACCCGGGAGUCCCGGGAAACGGCGUCCCCGCGGCGGCCGAGGGCACGGCAGGCGGCCCCCACAGACUCAGCGCCACGGCCACCAACUGCCUCCUGAACUCCUGCGUCUGCUGCGCGGGCUGCGCGGGCGCCGGGGAGGACGCGGCCGCCCAGAGUCUGCGGGGCAAGUGCGGCUCGGGCGGCGUCAUCCGCUCCGCCAAGGUGGGCGCCAAGGGCUCCGCCGCGGGGCCGCUGGAGGCCCUGCCCGCGGGCGGCCCGGGCCCCGCGCCCUCCGAAGACGCCCCCGGCAGGCCGGAGCCCGAAGCCCCUGCUUCCGACAAGUGCCUGGCACACAGCUCAGGGCCCCCGGGGGACGCGGCGGACAGGCUGUGCGGAGGGGUUGACAGCUCCCGUCAGCAGGAGGAGGGCCCGCAGGAGCAGCCCCCGCCCCCGGCGGGCCCCAGCGGCUCUACGGCUGGUCCCUGCUCCCCAGACAUGAGCAGCCCCGAGUCAGCACCCGUGGCCGUCAGAGAGAAGAUGCGCUCCCGGUUCCACGGCAGCCACGACCUGAUCCACCGCCUGUUUGUCUGUAUCUCAGGCGUGGCCGACCAGCUGCAGACCAACUACGCCAGCGACCUGAGGAGCAUCCUGAAGACCCUCUUUCAGGUCAUGGCCACCAAGCCAGAGGCGGACGACAAGGAAAAGCUGAAGAAAGUCACCCAGACCCUGCGGAGCGCGGCUCUGGAGGACUGUGCCCUGUGCCAGGAAACCCUGUCAUCCUCCGAGCUCGCCGCCAAGACCCGAGACGGAGACUUGGAAGACCCGCCCGAGUGGGUCCCGGACGAGGCCUGCGGCUUCUGCACCGCCUGCAAAGCGCCUUUCACAGUGAUCCGCAGGAAGCACCACUGCCGCAGCUGCGGGAAGAUCUUCUGCUCGCGCUGCUCCUCGCACUCGGCGCCGCUGCCGCGCUACGGGCAGGUGAAGCCGGUCCGCGUGUGCACGCACUGCUACAUGUUCCACGUCACGCCUUUCUACAGCGACAAGGCGGGCAUCUGACACGGCGCGCGAGCCCGCGGGCCCCGCAGGACUCCAGGGAGGGGGCUCCGACGGCCGCGCCCCGCCUCUGCCACCCGCUGGCCGGAGGGGCUUCGCCGCAUCUCAUCUACCUGCUGGCCCCGCCGCUGCGGGGGCUGCGGGCGCCCGGACUCCAGAACUCCAGUGCCUCCGCCCCCCGCCCGCAGGGCCCUCGGGCCUGGUGCAGGGGCCCACGGAGGUCAGCUGCAGCCAGCGCGGGGACCUGGGGUGCCAGGCCUGGGCCAGGGUGGGCCCCCCUGCCUUGCUGAGAUGCCGUCUGAGGCUCAGCUGUAGCGGAAGGUCUGCUGUUCCUGGGCGGGUGAUGCUCACCUACCGGAGAGGGGGCAACUCAGAGCAGCCGCAGGGCUUCCCCCAUGAGCUGGCCGAACGGGGAAAGACCAGGCUGUCCUCUCUCUCUCCAGGGCACUGCGCCCACAGCCCCCCACCCCCUGCUCCCCUCAGGACCUUGCCUAAACCACAUGUCUCAUUUCUUGUUGGAGAGGGGACGUGCACAGCAGACCCUGUGCAAGCCGCCCGGCCCCUGCUGUGGUCUGCCCACCUUGGUCCUCCAGCUGACGGGGGCGGGGGGGGGGGGGGGGCACCAAGCAGCAGGCAGAGGUAUCCUAGCUUCCGAGGCCAGGGCGCUCCAGGGGUCUGAGGACCCGGUGAUGACCUCUCGGCUGCCAUUACUCCCACCCCUCUGACCCCCUGGGACCCUGGCCCCAGAGCGGCCCCAGGCCCAGCACGGACACCUCCUCAGGCUUAAAUCUCAGGCUUCACGUUGCGAUGAUGAUUGCAGUUUUAUUUUUAGAGAGAGGACACACCUACUGCUUCUUUUAUAGCAUAAAAUCCAAUUACUGUUUGACAGUGGAAUACACACGCACAAAAAACAGCGCGUGUGGGAGAAGAAAAGUAUAUAAUGGAGGGUAUAUUAUGUAUUGAGAUUAUUUUUAUUUUCUAAAUGCUGUAAUUCAAAACCAUUUCCAUAAAUCUAUUUAAGGAUUGCA